AUCCAGGCCCGCCUCCUCUUUGUUGUGAGUGUGCAAAAAUGGCCACCACACAUCUUUCUUCCCUUGUCUCUCCAAUUGUUAACUGCUCAGCCUCCACCUCACCAUUGCCAACCUCCUCAUCAUCUUGUUCUAAACUCAACCACCACUCAUCAAAACCAAAACAACAACAACUCCUCCUCAAAUUAACAAGAAGGCAAACAGCCAUUGUCAUUGGUUUUGAAAGCCUUUGUGUUAAGUUUUUCGAUGCAAUCGUGUCGCCCCAACCGGCUUCGGCUGCAGAGGAAGUAUGCCAGUUCACUGUUACUGAUUCUGGACUUGCAUUUUGUGAUAAACUUGUUGGAUAUGGUGCCGAGCCUCAGAAAGGCCAACUCAUCAAGGCACAUUAUGUAGGGAAACUCGAAAGCGGGAAAGUGUUUGAUAGCAGCUACAAUAGAGGAAAACCUCUCACAUUUCGCAUUGGCGUCGGUGAGGUGAUUAAAGGAUGGGAUCAAGGUAUUUUAGGGGGUGAUGGAGUUCCUCCAAUGCUUGCUGGAGGAAAACGGACGUUGAAGCUUCCUCCACAACUUGGAUACGGCAUGAGAGGAGCUGGUUGUAAGGGAGGUUCUUGCAUCAUUCCACCAGAUUCCGUUCUUUUAUUUGAUGUAGAGUUCAUUGGCAAGGCUUGAAGACGUGGACUGUUCUUCCAAACUGAUGUACCAAAUUUGAGGCCACAUUCUAUAUUAUGCAAUCACUGGAAAUGCAGAUAAUAACUUGAUUAUUGAUGUAGCCAUAUGAGGCUGGCAGAAUUAAAUUUAUCACUCCCUUGCUCUCUACAUGUAGCUCCAUAUAUGUAUAUAUAUGAAUAUGAAUUGGUUUGUUCAUACAAUCCAAAAGAUUUAUCUAAUAUAAAGUGCCAAUAUAUGUAAGGUUCGCUCAUA